ACCAUAUACCAUUCUCCUUACAAAAAAGUUCAAAGGGUUUAUUUUAUUUUUGAUAAAGAAAAAAUAAUACUUGUACUGAAGUUAUGGAUCCUAAGCGUUAUGAAUUUGUUCAGUCACUUUUGUGGCUGACUGUACAGCAGAAUUCAUAAAAAGUAGUUGAUAAGUACUUAUACUAUUUUCAGCUGAUUAUUUAUUAAUAUGUUAUGGAUUACAAUUCACGUAUGGAAACGGAUCCCUCAUUGAUAUAUGGAAAGAUAUGGUGGCACUCACGUAAUUAACUACGUAUCCACGAACAAGUGUACCUCCUACUCCCGUCGCGCCGCGCUGUACUAUCUAAAAAUAUUAUAGUAGUCGGUACAGUGUGUAGUGGAAUGAAUAAUUCACAACAAAAUACAUACAAAACAUUUACUCCGUUAAUAUGGAUUUUAAAAAUAUUUGCAAUAAACAGCAACGUCGAAGAUGCCAGAAUGACUUUAAGUUCUAUAAUAAGAAUCAUAGUCACAGCCUCUAUUUUAGGAACAUUAAUAAUAAUAAGUUUUUAUUUCAAAGUCAAAUAUAUUUUCAGUGACAUCAUUAUCUCCAUAAAACUUACAGACGCUAUACAAAUGGUUUACGAUUAUUGUCAAUAUAUAGUUGACUUAUAUUUCGUUUAUAAGUAUGGUAGACGCAUCAGUGCGGAAUAUUUCAAACAAUACGACAAGCUUGACAAAGUUCUUGGCAUGAACUCUUACCAGACCAUUAAGAAAAGAAUAAUAAAAUUAAUAUUACUUUUUACUGGAUUGUGGAUUGUUAGUUCUUCGUUUGACAUGUUUGCUUGGGUUUUAAGUUAUGGGUGGAGAACACCCCUUGUAUACUCGGUUGCAUAUAUCUACCUGUACAUAAAAAUUGCUACAAUGUUGGAUUUUACUUCUCAUGUUAUACACGCAGAGGUCCGUUUAAAGAUUAUAGGAGAUUUAGUCCAAGUUCACUAUAAUGACACUGAGUGUUCUACAGAUUUGAUAGGUGACUGUAUCUUUAAUAAAAACUGGCUUUACGCAAAUGAAAAUUCAUCGACGUCGAAACGGAAAUUGCAUCCAGAUCCCAUAAAAAGUUUACCACACCCUGGCCAUCAUGAAGUGAAAUCGUUAACCAGGUGUUAUUUGAUGCUAACUGAACAAGUGGUUUACGUCAACAGCAUGUAUGGGCUUCGGAUCCUGUUAAACAGUCUGAGUCUUCUCAUUGAUAUGGUACGUUAUACAAACAUUGGCGUAAGAAUUGUGUUAAAAUCCCAGGAUACUCCAUAUGAUUCUGGAUACUUACCGGCUGUAUCAAACUUGAUAAGACUAUUAACCUGCGCCGCCAUUUUUGUCAACUUAGCUGAUCACUGCGAGAACGUUUACCGCAAGAGAGAAAGAAUAAUCACCAUAAUCGACCACUUACUAAUUUAUAAAAGUCCUAGCAAGAAUCUAUCUACUGAAGCGUCAGAACUACGCGCAUUGAUAACAAACCGUCCAGUUUACUUCAAUAUGGCUAAUUUCGUCUGUAUAAAUUAUUCACUGCUGGCAUCUAUUGCUUCAAUAGUUACUACUUAUACUAUGAUACUAUUACAAAGCCCAAAUUGAUGCCAGAAGUACUUAAGUCAGUUAUCAAUAUGGCUGUGCUCGUAAGUGGAAUCUUGUGGAAUCAAGGUAUUAUAGAUAAAGUUUAAGAAAUUUUAUUUAGUACUAAUUUUUAAAACAAGGUAAACUAAGCUUUAUAUAAAGAUUCAAACAAUUUUAUGUACUUAUAUUAUAAUUUUUUUUUGGGUUUUUCAGUGUUACAUAAAUAAAAAAUAUUAUGUAUGAUGUAUGCAGUUAAAAAU